AUGGUCAGAUCCUCAAAGCGAAACCGCCUAAUCUCACCGGAGAUGCCCAAUCGAAACCGGCGAGACUGGUCGGAGAUCCCGGAGGAAUGCACCUUAAUGGUGCUGUCGCGGCUCGGAGCCAUCGAUGUCCUGACCAGCGCUCAGAAGGUGUGUACGCUAUGGCGCCGACUGUGUAAGCACCCGAUGGUCUGGCGCACCGUCGACAUGGUCAAUGAUCACUUCUUUCAUGAUGUUCACUACGAUUUGGACAAGAUGUGCCGCCACGCGGUUGAUCGGAGCUUGGGGAAGGUGGAGGAUAUCAAUGUCGAGUAUUUCGGCACCGACGAUCUGCUCAAGUACAUCACUGAUAGGCAUUGA